ACCGCCGGGCACAAUGCGGAGCAGUCCGGGACCGCAGGCGGCCAUUCCUCCCCGCUGAAGCGAGGGUUUCUCGGUCGCAUGCGGGAAAGGGCGAGUUGCCGUUCCACCUGGCUUCGGACCUGAGUCAUCGCAUGAGCAGCAGCAGCAGCGGAAGGGAUAAGUCGCCGGGACGCGUCGCGGCUUCGAAGCGACGCGGCAAGUCCGACCGCUCCCCGCAGCGCAGCCGCUCGAACAAGUCGCCGCUUCGCGCGUCGGCAACUUCAGAGGAAAGCGACGCGGUUGCCAAGGCUGCCGCUUCGGAGGAGAAUGCGGCGAGAGAUCAGGCGUCUGGAGCGGGGUUGAGCAGACCGUUAGCGAAGGAGCUGUUUUAGGAGAUGGUGGUGAUGUGACUGUAGAGAGAGUGACUGUAAGUGAGUCAGCGGCGGUGGGGAUGGAUAUAAGCGGCGAUGACGAGGCUGUGUCGGCGUAUAAGCCGAAGGAUGCGCAGAGAAUCGCGGAAAAUUCGCCGUCGGAUCAGGGCUCCUCGGAGCAGAGCGUAUCUCAACCGUCGAUUGGGCAGGAGAAGAAUCCCUCGAAGGAAUUGCAACCGCAGGAUGAUCAAUUAGCAAGUUUGCCAUCAGCAGCCGUCGCUUCUGCCGCCGCGAUUUCCGGCGUGAGACACGGGAAGGAGGAGAUGGAAGAGCAGGCGAUGGAGCACGAGAUGCAGGAGCUGACCGUGAGCGAGGGGCUGGGCGGCACUGGGCUGGGCGGCACUGGGCUGGGCGGCACUGGUUUGGGCGGCAGUGCUGCUCUUGCGAUGGCGGUAGCGGAUACAGGGGAUGAGAAACGGAGAGACGAGGAGGGGGCAGGCGGAAAGGGAGGGGAGGAGGAGCGCGAGAAGGUUGAGGAUGCGCAUGUUGCUGAGACUCUUCCCUCACCCGUGGCUCCGCAGCGUGCGGCACCUGAGGACGAGCCGGUGAUGCUAGACAGCUUGGACAGGUGUCUGAAGCUCUUGAGCUCGGGCAACAAGAGCAAGGUCACCAUGGCCCUCGUGGCGGUGCUCGCCUACGUGGCGUCCGGUGACGUGGACAACAUGAACAACGUGUACGACGCCCUGCCAUUCGCUCUGCUCGAGGAGGCAUUCGCCGCGGCUGUAGCCAAAGGAAGUUCGGGCCCCAACGGGAUGGUGGAGGAGGAGGAGCUGGUGCACGCGGCGCUAGCGGUGCUGGCGCUGCUGCUGCAGGAGCCGGACCUUGCCUACGCGCCGCAGACCAUGCCGCUCGUGCCGCACCUCGUCGGACUCAUCCGCAGCGGCUACGACCCAGUGGUGGCGGUGGAUGCGUACGAGUGCCUUCUGGGCGUGGCCACGGGGUCGGAUGCGGGGCUCAAGGCGGUCAAGGGCGCGGACGUGCUGGGGGUGGUGGCAGAAAAAUCCAGCGGCUGCGAGUCCCUCCCGUCCGCCAUCCAGCUGCUGGGGUUCCUCUUCAUGAGUGGCGUGUCGGACAUCGAGAUGUACGAGUACAAGCACGAGCUCGCCGCUGCUGUGCCCACGCUAGCACGCGAGCUGGCCCAGCGCACGGACAUGCUCAAGUACGAGGUGCUCAAGCUGCUCGUCGCCAUGCUGUCAUCCGACGCUGCGGAGCCAGUAAACACCGAGGAGGAGUUCAGAAAGGACGCGCUGCAGCUCGUGCGCGUGCUGGCCGAGAUUCAAGGGCACGCCUGGCUUGUGGAAUCUGGGGACGAGGGGAGCGGAGACGGGGUGGGUGUGAAUGGGUUGAGUGCGGUGCGGCCGUCGCCGGCGGAUCGGUUCCUGCUAGUGGUGCUACAGGCGGUGAAGCUGGAGAUGCCUCCGUUGUUGCAGGAACUGGCUGUGCUCACCCUUGAGAACGAGGAGGAGGAAGGGAAGGAGGGGGGGUGAAGGUGGGGAGGGAGGGGAGGGAGAGGAGGGGGAGGGAGCGGUGGACGGCGAGGAAAAGGACAAGAUGAACGCGGAUGCGGCGUGGGCUGCGCUGGGCGGCAAUCUGGACCGUUUCGGGCCGGGAAACGCUGGGGAAAGCAGGGGGAGGGUUGGGCAGAGCAGGGGGGUUAGGCAAGGGGGAGAUCACACGAAUGAACUCGUUAGUGCCUACCAGCGAGGACUGGAGAUCUGUUGUCAAUGAGAUGGUGUGGGAACCUCCCAAGGAUGGGGAUGAUGAUGCAGGGGCGUUGCAGAUAGAGGAGGAGGUGCCAGAGGAGACUGGACCUCCGGAGGAGGUUAAGAGGCUGUACAGGGUGCUCGGGACUGCUAUGCACUGGUUGAGAAGGUCGUUGGUGCCUUGGCUGGGGCGGCGGCAGAGGCGGAGAAAGGGAGAGGGAAGGGAGCAGGAGAGGAGAAGGAUGGGGAGGAGGGAGGGAAGGAGGUGCAGGCGCUGGUGGCGAGGUUAGGGGUUGAAACGGUGAAGCUGUGUGUGAAGAUAAUCGAUGCGAUUGUUAAGGACGU